AGAAAAAAACGAUGGCUCUCUCUGGUUCACAAAAGAAACUGCUCAUACUCGUCGUGGCCGUUGCAUGUCUCUCCUCAUCUGGCGCAGAGGCGUGGAGCUGGAGUUGGAGCAACGGUUCGGGUUGGGGUUGGGGAUCUGACGGGUCAAGUAGCUCUAGCUCAGGUCCUGGUUCAGACUCUGACGGUUCAAGUUGGAGUUGGGGCUCCUUCCCUGGUUGGGGAUCCGACAACUCAGGUUCAGGUUCAAACGCUGAUGGAUCUGGUUGGGGUUGGGGUUGGGGAUGGGGAUCUGAUAGGUCAAGCGGCUCUGGCUCCGGUUCAGGUUCAGGUACCAACCCUGACGGUUCAAGUUGGAGUUGGAACUGGAGUCCUAAGUCAGGCUGGAGUUGGAGUUGGGGCUCAAACGAUAACAAUUCAAACAGUUCGGGUUGGGGUUCGGGUUCUGACACGGACUGUGAAACACCAAGAAAGAUCGUAGUGGGAGGAUCAGAAGGAUGGACGAAAGGGUUAGGUUACAAAGAAUGGGCUUCCAUUAAUGCUCCUUUCUACGUCAAUGAUAUUCUUGUUUUCAAGUAUGACAAAUCUGCCAAGCGCCGGAAUAAUGUGUAUUUGUUCCAAGACCCAUGGAGUUACAUGAAUUGCGAUUUCAAGAAUGCCAGAAAGAUUGGUUCAACGAAGAAAGGAUCUCAAGAAAGUUUCAACUUCACACUUAGGAAAAUACAGCCUUACUUCUUUGCCUCGGGGGAGCAUGAUGGAGAUUAUUGCUGUAACCAUAACAUGAAGUUCACUGUCUUCCCAGUUCCUCACCGUUCUGAUUAAAUCUUUAAGCCUAACAUGUUAUUAUAACAUGAAGUGUAGUUAUGGGUUUUUGAUUAGUUUUUCGUUUUUGAAUACUCUUUAUUUUUUGGAUAUGAGAGAUUGAUCUAGGGUUUUUAAUACUCUUC